GCGCCCGUUUCCUCCGUCGCGUCUCGGCGGCUGCGGCGGACGCGGCCGGGCUCGCCGGUGGCCGGGCGGGCGGAGGAAGGAUGGCGUACUUCGUGGAGAGCUUCUGGGGAGAAAGGAACAAUGGCUUUGAUGUCCUCUAUCACAAUAUGAAACAUGGACAUUUGUCAACAAAGGACUUAGCAGACUUUAUUAGAGAAAGGGCAACAAUAGAGGAGACAUAUUCAAGGUCAAUGACAAAACUAGCCAAAUCAGCAAGCAAUUACACACAACUUGGGACAUUUGCACCAGUUUGGGAUGUUUUCAAAACCUCAACAGAAAAACUAGCAAGUUGUCAUUUGGAUCUUGUGCGGAGAUUGCAAGAGCUAAUAAAAGAAGUUCACAAGUAUGGAGAUGAACAGAUCAAAGCUUACAAAAAGACUAAAGAAGAUGUUUCAGGAACUUUGGAAGCAGUGCAAAAUAUUCAAAGUAUCACUCAGGCCUUGCAGAAAUCAAAAGAAAACUACAAUGCAAAGUGUGUGGAACAAGAACGCUUGAAAAAGGAAGGAGCAACACAGAGAGAAAUUGAAAAGGCAGCAGUUAAAUCUAAAAAAGCAACAGAUACCUAUAAACUGUAUGUGGAGAAGUAUGCUGCAUUUAAAUCUGAUUUUGAACUGAAAAUGACAGAAACAGCACAGAAAUUUCAAGACAUCGAAGAAAUGCACCUUCUUCGAAUGAAAGAGAUUAUACAGUCAUUGUCAAAUACCAUAAAAGAAAUUCAUUUACAAAUAGGAGAGGUGCAUGAAGAGUUUAUUAAUAACAUGACAAAUACAACAGUUGAGAGUUUAAUACAGAAAUUUGCUGAGUCAAAAGGAACUGGCAAGGAAAGACCUGGCCCUAUUGAGUUUGAAGAAUGUAACACAUCCAGUGUAGCUGAAGGAAUAAAACCGCGGAAAAGGAAGCCUUUUGGUUUAUCAGGAAUAAUGAAAAAAGAAAAAGAUACUGAAUCUGUGGAGUGUCCAGAUGCAGACUCAGUCAACUUUCCUGACGUAGAUGAUGAAGGAUACAGCAUUAAACCAGAAGCAACACAAGAUACCAAAGAGAACCAUUUCUAUUCAUCCAGUGAGUCUGACUCUGAAGAUGAUGAACCUAGGAGAUUCCAUGUAGAAAUAAAACCUGUCCAGCCAAAUAACAGCUCUCAGUACACUAUGCCUUCUUUGGAUGAAUUAAAAGUAUCCAUAGGAAACAUCACUCUUUCUCCAGCAAUAUCUCAGAGGCACAGUUCUGCACAAAUGAAUCAAAAUUCAUCCAGUGAAGAGUUAACAAAAUCAAAAUUUUCUGCUCCAACUACUGAAAAGGGGAACAGUGACUUCCUGGCAUGGGAUCCACUCUUCAGCACUUCUCUUGAAUCUUCCUCUUCAGCUUCUUUGGCAUCCUCAUCUUCCUCAGCAAGGCCCACCACUCCUCUUUCUGUGGGCACCAUUGUACCCCCACCAAGGCCUGCUUCACGACCAAAGCUGUCUACUGGGAAACUUAGUGGGAUUAAUGAAAUACCUAGGCCAUUCAGCCCUCCACUGAUUGCUAACUCAAGUCCACCUCCAGCAGCUCCUUUGGCACGUGCAGAGAGCAUUUCUUCUAUAUCUUCUUCUGCUUCCCUCAGUGCAGCAAACACACCUACAGUUGACGAUGAUCUUUUGAUUCGAAAUCUUCCUGCAAUUGAAAAGCUUUGUGAGACACUGCCAGGUGUUUCACGUGGUCCCAGCCCCGUCAGCCUUGGAAACCAGGACACCUUGCCUGUUGCAGUAGCUCUUACUGAAUCUGUUAACGCCUACUUUAAAGGAGCAGAUCCCACAAAAUGUAUUGUGAAGAUUACUGGUGAUAUGACAAUAUCAUUCCCAAGUGGGAUUAUUAAAGUAUUCACCAGCAACCCAUCUCCUGCUGUGCUCUGCUUCAGGGUGAAAAACACUAGCAAACUAGAGCAGAUUCUUCCAAAUGCACAACUUGUAUACAGUGAUCAGUCACAAAGUGACUCCAGUACUAAAGACUUUUGGAUGAACAUGCAAGCUAUAACUGUCUACCUCAAGAAAUUAUCAGAGCAGAAUCCAUCUGCAUCCUAUUACAACGUGGAUGUUCUAAAGUAUCAGGUAUCUUCAAAUGGCAUACAGUCCACUCCAUUGAAUCUUGCAACUUACUGGAAAUGUGAUGCUAGCACUACUGAUGUGAGAGUGGAUUAUAAAUACAAUCCAGAGUCUAUGAAUGUGCCUAGUAUGCUGUCUAAUGUCCAGGUUGUGGUACCAGUAGAUGGAGGAGUAAUAAACAUGCAGUCACUUCCACCUGCAAAAUGGAAUGCAGACCAGAUGAAAGCAUGUUGGAAAAUAUCUAGCAUUUCAGAGAAGUCUGAGAAUGGAGGCUCUGGAUCCCUCAGGGCAAAAUUUGAGCUUUCAGGAGGACCCAGUAAACCAGCAACACUUGCAGUGCAAUUCAUCAGUGAAGGAAGCACCCUUUCAGGAGCAGAUGUGGAACUCGUAGGCACUGGCUAUCGGCUUUCCCUUCUUAAGAAGAGAUUUGCCACUGGACGGUAUAUGGCAGACUGUUGAUGUACCUAUGAAAGUCAUUGGAUCAGGAGUGCAAGAAACACUUGUGACGAUAGGAACUCUGCCCUCUCUAUUUUUCAAACACUAUUUUAACAUGCAUUAAUUUUUAAAAAUAUUGACUUACUUUGAGGCUAAACUACAGAAAGUAAAUGCACUUUUAAAGUCAUUUUGAAAACCUUUUAUUACUUUACAAUAGCACUGAAGUUAAUUUCAACACUGUCUGUAAAUGGUCAACUGCAAUACUUGGGAAAAUUUGUUGAAAAAUUAGUAACUUUGUAUAGAUGAAGUCAAAAUAGUAAUCCACAGUUGUAAUGGAAGUAUGAAAUUUUAUGCUGUACUGUAAACAUUAAACCUAAAAUAUAGGGGAUCUAGUAAGAAAUAUUUGAGCUUUUCAUAAGUAAUACUCAUUUUUCAGAUUCUUUAAUUGCCAGCAUUUAAUUGACAGUUUAUAAAGAUAGAGGCUAUGUCUUGUGUAGUUCUUCUUUCCAUUCAUAACACAAGAACAGCUGAGUUAGAGAUGUAUAAAAAUAACUUGAUGCCCAUGUAUCAUAUAUUAUUAAAAUGUAAGUUGUUUCAUAUAGGGUUUUUUUAACUAAGUGCAAUGUGUUACAAAUUGCAAAACACAGCAGAGAUUUACUUCCGCAGUUAGUAAAAAUUUUUGGGCCUUGUUAUUAUUUGAGUUAAUGCAGUAGAUUUAAUUUAUUUUUAUAUUAAUUGCAUAACUUUUGUGCCUUUUAAAAAUGCCUGUGCCUAUCUAAUUUGAUACUCAUAUGCCUCACUUCCUUUUACAAAGUGUGGCUCUUCAUCAAGAAAGCAUGGCGUUUGUAUAAUGCACAGAACUUUAUAAAAAUUCUUUUUACUGCAAUUUAUUUAGAAGGCAGGUUUUGCAAAAAUUAUAGUUUGUUUUAAAAGAAAUUUAAAACACUGAAUUAUUUCCUCAAUGAAUAAUUGCAAGUAAAUGUGGUUUUGGUAAAGGGAGCUGCAUCAUGCAGUACUCGGAAACUUUUGAAUUAACUAAUUUUAAUAUCACCAAAGAGAAGAAUCUGAAAAAUCAGUGAGGAUAGGAAAAACAAACUUCUGAAAGCAAACAGCAUUACUCUUUGCUUUGCCUAUAAGUCUUCAGACUUCGAGUGGUUUUGGGGAUGUGCGAUGUGAAUGUACACAUAGUACUUCAGGAGACAUUGUAAAGAAUAUUUUAUGGCUGCAGGGUGACAAAUCCUGUCAUGUGUUCAUUUUUUUUAUAGCUACCAGUUUCAAUAUUUGUAUUGUAAUCUAAUCUGCUUGCUACAGCCUAAGCACAGGGAAUUGACACAUCAGUAACAAUUUUUUUAAGCAAGUCACUAAUUUAGAAAAUUUUCUAUGUAUUUGUAUUACCAAGCUUUUUUGUAAUGUUGAAAUGAUAAGCAUUGGGGCAAAAUAAUUCAAUAACCUGCAUUUGGCAAGUUCAAAUGAACAUUUAGCAUACCAGUAUGUAUUUCAAAUUCUCUAUUAAAACAGUAAAAUAUGCUUGAGUUAAUUCAUGCAAAGCCAGUAAUGAAUUGGUCUGCUUUACAAGAAAUUAUGCCUUUGUAGAAGCUGCAUAAAUUGUCGUGUACUCUAGACACUUUUGCCGGUGAGAGUUUCAUUGUUAGUGCUAAGAACAUUGUGUACUGUAGAUUGGAUUGGAAGAGUAUAUUUGGCUCCUAUAUUUUGCUAAUCUUAUUGAUGAUAAAUUUACAACUCAUAAAAUGGUGGUCUUUAUAUUGGAAUUUUAAUUGUAACCUGUUUUGCAAUCAAACUGAUUAACACAACAAUAUUUUAUUAAUGAAAACCCAAAUCUAUUAUUGCUAUUUUUAAUCAAGUAUUACAUUAAUUUCUAAGAUAAAUGAAGUAGUUAAUGUUUCAGCACUUUUAAGCUAGCCUUCAUUCUGGUGUUUUUCAUACAUUUGCUUUGGGUGCAGGUUACAGUUUUGAAGCCAUACAAGUUUAUAUAGACAUUUUGUAAAGAAACUCAUAAACAACGUAAAAAGUAUGUGUAGCUAUCUGAUUUAAAAUAAAAAAAAACUUAUGUAGCAAGCUGGUUCUUGCUUGUGUAUACAGCAAUGUCCCUUGUAGCUGCCUCCUAAGAAAAUUAAUUUGUGAAGACAACUCUAAAGGACCUGAAUUUUUAUGAAUUGUUACUACAUUAGACUGUAAAUUAGAACAUACAAGUUUAUCUUUCAAAAAUUGUAAAUACUCUGAAUUUUCAUUAAAUGUAAAUUUUAAAAAUUUUCACCCAUAAUAAACAUGUAAUAUAUAAUUUAAAUACUGAUUUAAAUUGCCUGUACUUUUGCAGUAAAGUUCUUCUAAGCAAUAAGGUAAUAGAGAAAAACCAUGCCUGCAUUGAACAUUUGAAAAUACUAAUUUUUAAGUGAUAAAGGGUAGAGAUCAUUAUGAACUCUUUUGUAUAUAUUUAAAAUCAUCACAGAGAAGGUAAAUGGAAAAAUGACUUUUCUAGAACAUUUCAUAUUUACUAAACCGUAAUGUCUGAGAUGUCUGUAGUGCCCUACGCCUUUACUAAAUUGAUUUACUUCACUAAUAAAUUAGAUAAGGCAAAACUGGAUAUGUUUAUGAGAAAAAUCUUGACUCGUGGACAUGAGUUGCUGUCUGUAAAUAGUGCUGUCAAAUGCUGUACAUUGGCUUUGUUUAUGAGCCUAUAUCUUGUGUGUGCAGGAGAAGAAUUAGUGACAAGAUUGAAAUAAUUCCUUCUGAUUUCUAAUGUUCACCAGUCAAAAAGAGUAGACAAUUUAGAACUUCUCCAGCAGUCUGUAUGGUUUAGUCCUUCUAAGCUUUGAGCACAGAACAGAAGCUGAAACUGAACAAAUGUUUUUGCAUCUGUUUGGUUCCUACUAAUCCCAGGGCCUGCAGAGGCUUACUAAGUAAUAACUUAUUAAAUUCACUUUCUCAGCUGGUUGGAUAUCACUGCAAUAGAGGUACCAUUCUUGUCAUGCAGGAAAGCAAUAGUCCAAGGGCUUGAUUCUUAUCUUCUGGCAGGCAGGAAUGAAGAGCACAAGUACGCAGUGGUCAGACUGGUCCAUGUAACACAGUAGUCUGGUCGUCAACACCAGCCAAAGAACAGGCUAAGCCUUGGAGAGCUAAUGUGUCAUUUGCUUUCUGAUCCCCCAGCACCUCAUUUGUUGGUUAGAAAUGUAAAAAGGUGCUGCUCAGUUCUUCUGGUAUUCAUUGAACUUAAAGUGUAACAGAUCUGACUGAGGCUGCUCUGGCACUUCUUUUAACACUUGACUUGCACCCACAUACUGCUCAUAACUGCUGCAAACUGGAUCUCUACUGUCCAAGCAGGUUUGUGAUUAUCUAACUACACAAUCAGGUAGUUUUUCAGGGAAACCUAUCUCUAGCACUGCAAAAUAACAUUUCUGUAGGGUAUUUGAAGGAGCUAAGGUAUUUAAUUAUGAACUGGAACAGCAUGAGAUUUACAACUGUGGCAAGUUUUGCUAUCUAACAUAAAAACAAGAUCUUGCAUCAUGGCAAAAAGUAUUACAUUUCAAGUCUUGUAUGUUUGCAAAGCUUAAGAUACACAGAUGUUAAGAUGCCUAUCUUAAGUUUUGCAAUUCAUACAUAAUUGGUUUCCAUUUCAGUUGUUGUGAAAGGGAAAUUAUACUUAAGAGCGUGCAAGAAAAAAAGUCAGGAAUUCCUCCAAGCAUAGCAUAAGCUAAAAACAGUUCAAAGUACUAAAGCAUUAGAUAACACAUCUACUGUUGAGUUAGCAUUGAUUGGACUGAUCAAAAAGUCUCUCAAGUGAAAACAGAAUUUUUAUCUUUAAUUCUACAUAAAUUACACCAGUAAGUAUUCUGCUCGGCUUACUUUGACCUCCAUGUUUACUGAUAUGUUGUUGAUUUUUGGAUUCUCCAUUACUUCGUUCAAUAACCAAUAUAAGGCAUACAGUCUUAAAAGAAGAGGCCUCUUCUGGAUUACUUACUGAACAUUUAGAGCUCUAAUUCUGCAUUUUCUGUAACUGCUUUUUUUCACUUCCUUUGGAAUAAAUUCUUUUUGUUUUUCAA